CACGUGACCGGCCGACGACGGAACAGGCGGAAAGUUUGUGCUCAGACUUCAGUAGCGUGAAAGGCGGCGUGGACGCUCAGUGAACGCACCAUGCCAGCUGUGUCAACAGACUCCCUGGACUACAAGCCUCUGGAUGGCGGCUGGGGUUGGGUGGUGGUCUUCGCCGCUCACAUCUCAAUCGGGUUCGCGUACGCCACCCCAAAAGUCCUGGCCAUUUUCUUCAAGUCCAUCCAGCGAGACCUCGACGCCAGCUCCAGUGACAUCGCCUGGAUUUCCUCCAUCAUGCUGGCAGUCAUGUACGCAGGCGGGCCUAUCAGCAGCAUGUUGGUCACUCGCUUUGGAAGCCGGCCGAUCGUCGUGCUGGGCGGACUGAUGUGCGCCGUCGCCAUGGUAACGGCUUCUUUUGCCAACUCCAUCGCCGCCCUCUACAUGUGCAUCGGAAUCAUUGGAGGCUUCGGCCUCGCCUUCAACCUGAACGCCUCGGUCACCAUCAUCAGCAAGUACUUCCUGGUCAGGCGUCCACUAGCUAACGGCCUAGCGAUGGCGGGGAGUCCGGUCUUCCUGGCGUGUCUGGCCCCUCUGAACCAGCUCCUGCUCAACAACUACGGCUGGAGAGGAAGUCUCAUCAUCUUCGGCGGCCUGAUGCUAAACUGCUGUGUCGCCGGCAGCCUCAUGCGACCCGUUCUUCCUGGAAAACCUCCUGCCCAAAUGCCGAAAAAGGAGACGGAUAGCUGCGACAGAAGAGCCCAGGCAAGCAGAUGCCUUAAGGGCUUCUUGGAUUUGUCCCAUUUCAAGGAUCGCGGUUUUGUGAUUUACGUCAUCGGAAACGUUUUCUUCUUUUUCUGCGCCUACGCUCCGAUCUUGUUUAUGUCCUCGUACGCCAUCAGCCGGGGCGUUGAGGAGUAUUCGGCGGCUUAUCUUCUCUCCAUCAUGGGCUUUGUAGACAUGGUGGUCCGACCCACCACCGGGCUUGUUGCCAACAGCAAGUGGAUCCGACCCAGAGUGCAGUACCUGUUCAGCUUCGCCGUGCUCUUCAACGGCGUGUGCCACCUGGUCUGCCCACUGAUGCACAGCUACGGCCUGCUGGUCUUCUACACCGUGAUGUUCGGCGUCGGCUUCGGGAUGGUGUUCGCUCUCGUCUUUGAGUGUCUGAUGGACCUGAUGGGGAACCAGCGCUUCCCCAGUGCUGUUGGGCUGUUCACCAUCAUCGAGUGCUUCCCCAUGCUGCUGGGACCUCCUGCCGCAGGUCGGAUGGUGGACAUGUACGACUACAGGUACUUCUACCUGAUGUGUGGUGCUGUGACCCUGACCGGAGGAGUCUUCCUCUUCAUCAUGAACUUCUUCAACUAUCACAUGCUGGACAAGGAGAAGAAGAGGAGAGCGAGCGGUGGCGGGAGUCGAGGUCACGAGAUUGUCGCCGAGGCAGAAGUGGGAAAGGAACUCCAAGACGCUCCGAACCCGGAGGAGGAAGUGAAACCUCAAGAGCAGGACAUUCCCAUGAGCGAGCACGAGAAGAAGGGCAACGGAGUGUCUGUGUAGCUCUGUGAGUCGGACCAAAAAACUUGAACUCCUCAGGUUAUUGAGACUGAAGGUCACUGGAGCUCAGGUGAUUCCACUUGGGCUGCACAGCACUGAGACUGUUACUGCUGAGUCAGCAAUGGCCUCUUGUUUAGAGUUUGUGUUUAACUAUUCCUUUCGUUUCCUUUGAUACAGACACAGUAACAUAAAUCAAACAGGAUUUUAGACUAUGUUUUUGAAGUGGACCUCCACUUUUUGUGUUUAAAAAAAAACCUACCGGCAAAGAUUUCUUAAAAUUGAAGGUGAACCUUUGAGUCAUGAAGGAAGUUCUAGAAAGUCCUGUCUUGACAUCAUGGAGGGCCAUUAUCUACUGUAAAUGUCAGGUGUGCCAGUGUGCACAAACACCUGUUUAUCGACCUUCUAAAGGCUGGGGGUGAUGGUGUUUUUGUUGUUUCCCCCUGGUGCACCCUCAGUUAUUGGGAGCCAAAGAUGCCAAGAAACUCAUAACUACUCCAGCAGCUCAUAGGCUUUCUGUCGGUUUUCACAAACUUUGUUAAACGUUUCAAGCUCACCUGCAGUUUCUUCCCACAAAAGAAAGUUGAAGAAAAGUCACCAAAUAUCUGGACAUAACAUGCCAUGAAAAACCGCCACAAGGUUGACAUGGCUCCUUAAAGUUCCUUUGUGAUGGGCAGCUUUUAAAUCAGCAGACACGCGUUUCUUUCAUCAUGAAGGUGUUUCAAACCUUUCAGUCGAGUCUGACUCCGUCAUGGACGACUUUAACCGGCUGACGCUCAGUCUGCUGCUCGCUAUUGUCGCUAGCAUCGCGACAAAAGAGCACGGAUGAGUUACAUGCGCUGAAGUUUGUGUUUUGUUUCCCAGAAUUGUGCAGCUGAAGGUGCGCCGACACGAAGACUUGUUUAUCAAAAGAGUAUUUACUGCUGGGAGCGCAGCACGUUGUUGUUAGAGACAUGGAAAUGAUGUAAAGAUGUAUGAUGCUGUGCAGCCUGAGGCCCUGUCAAAAAAGUUUCUUUUUUUUGUACUCUGAAAACAAUAGUUCACUACAUUCGUCCAUGUUUAAGUGUUUUGCACUUUUAUCCUGCAUUUUAUUGAUCAGAGGCCUCGAAAGACACCUCAGGGGAUGAGAUUUAUGAUGUUAACCCUCUCUGCCUGUAGUAACAUUCAAUUCUGCAAAUGGAAAGCUGAAGUUUUUACCUCCUCUUAUUAACUUCUUAAAUUAUUUUUUUUAAAUUCAACCAGUGUUUGAGCUGAUGUUUGGGACUGAGUCGACCUGCUGUAGAAGGACAGAAACCGUUGUUUGGGUUUACUUUUUUGUAGUCAUUUUUAAACUUUUUUGAGUAAUUUUUUUCUGUUUUUAAAAGUAACUUAUUUUAUUCUUUUUUUUUUAUUCAAUCGAUUUUUCUUUUUUUUUUCCUUGCAGAUGAAUUAUCUUGCUUGUUAAGGGUGUUUUUCCAGUGUCUUCAUCAUUCAGCAUAAAUUGGAGUCCAAAAAACAUGGUGGAAUGAAACUGGCAUGAAAACCAUUGCACAGAAAAUAGUAAUAAUGAGCACAAAAAAACUUGGCUAAAUGACCCUGAAAAAAGGUUAGGUUUUCUUUCCUUCAAGUGAACACAAUGUGCCUCUGUAACGUUGUUUUAAAAUGCAUGAUUCAGUGAAUCGACAGUAUUUUAAUGCUACUGAUGACUGAAGAAACGGUUGAAUUUAAAUUAAAAUCCAUGCGCUUUUAUUGUGUUCUACUGUGUAUUGUUCUGAAUUCCACCCCCGCAGGUGCACUUUUUAAACGUUACAUCUCACUGAUGACGUCUUUUAGAUCCACUUCCGACACAUGAAUAAAAGUAUUC